AUCGUUCUAAAUUGUAUUUCCUAUGGCUAAAUGAGUACCCCCCAAGGCCAAUAAACGUGAACAAGAAGAAGAAAUAGUAUUUCCUUUUUCCGGAAAUGAAGUGUGGUGGUUCUCGUUAUGUGCUGUUAGGUUAUUGUUUUUAAAGGAGAUCUGUAAUUUAUCUUACCAUCAUUUGAACUUUCGAGGUGCAACAUGGUUCAAAAAAAGCCCAAGAAGAAGGUGGGCAAGAAGGUAGCGGCAGCCCCUCUUGCUGUCAAGAAGCCAGAGCCUAAGAAAAUCAAGAACCCUUUGUUUGAGAAGCGACCAAGGAAUUUUGGCAUUGGCCAGGACAUCCAGCCUUCCAGGGAUCUGAGCAGGUUCGUGCGUUGGCCCAAGUACAUCCGCGUGCAGCGCCAGAAGGCUGUGCUGCAGAAGAGACUGAAGGUGCCUCCACCCAUCAACCAGUUCACACAGACACUGGACAAGCAGACAGCCACUGCCUUGUUCAAGAUCUUGGAGAAGUACCGGCCGGAGACGCCGCAGGCCAAAAAGGGUCGUCUGAAGGCACGCGCUAUCAAAAUCGCCAAGAAGGAGGAGGUGCCUCCGCCCACCAAGAGGCCCAAUGUCAUUCGCCAGGGUACCAAUACUGUCACCAGACUCGUUGAACAGAAAAAGGCCCAGAUAGUUGUCAUUGCACACGAUGUAGACCCUAUUGAGCUGGUGUUGUUCCUGCCAGCGCUGUGCCGCAAGAUGGGUGUGCCGUACUGCAUCGUGAAGGGCAAGGCACGUCUCGGGCUGCUGACUCGGCGCAAGACCUGCACUGCCAUCGCGCUCACCCAGGUAGACGCAGGGGAUCGCGCAAGCUUCACAAAGGUGCUGGAAGCAGUCAAGACCAACUUCAACGAGCGGUAUGACGAGAUCAAGAGGCACUGGGGCGGUGGGCUGCUGGGCUCUAAGUCUGCUGCUCGCAUCGCCAAGAUCGAGAAGGCAAAGGCUCGCGAGCUGGCCCAGAAGCAGGGCUAGGGUCAACCCUUUCUCUUUUGCAAUAAAGUUACUGAAGUACC